UGUGGUAGAAUUUCGUCGACUCGUAAGUUGUUCUAACAGACAGGACAGCCUGGUUGAGGACACAGCGAUGGUGGGAAAGACGACACCAGAGAGACGUGACAAACAUAGGUAGUGGUUUUGAAAGUGCCUCUCUAUUGUUCCAUGCGGAACUAUGUGCAAACGGCGGGCAAUACACAAACAUUUGGCAGACCUUCCCCCUUUAUUCCGAAGAACCUCCCCGAACCCGAGGUCCCUCUCAACUUGCCCAUGGGGAGAAAGCGGGCAGCCGGUUACUUCGAAGGCCCACGAGAUCGGUCCUUCACUAUCCUUGUUGUAUUGUACACUUCGAACUGCCUCGGUCGUGUCCAUUCAGGGGAACGCCAUGCCACACCCUUUUCGUUCCUUUUCAUAAGACUCUCUCCCUGUCUUGUGGUCUCUUCGUCCCACCAUCCCCGGGAACCAUGUCCCCUUCACCACAGUCCAUCCAGCACACCUCUCCUCGCUCUCAAAUAUGCAGACAUUAAACCGAGGGGUGAACGAACAACUCGAUGCCCGGACGCGUCGCCAGAAAGGUAUGAAGCAAAGGUGCGGAGCGGCGAAGGUCCUUUGAUGAGGGCAUCGGAAAUUGAUCGGCACCCCAAAACGGGAAAUAGGAAGGCGAUGGUCCAGGCGACGGGGAUCCGACCCUCGUGCCCAAAUCGACGGAACAACAGAAAAUGCCAAUGCCAAAUAGAUAAAGAAAAAGAAGAAAAAUAAAUCCGUGUAGACGGUCUCUAAAUGUCAUCGGAUAGAUCGUUCGGAAAGAUUCAUGCAUUGAUAAGCAUAUGUCUCUUCCACACGAUAUAUAUCCACCCGACGGGUAUCGAAAA